AUUUCGUUGAUAAUGGUAAAUGCCCAUAAACAAUUUUUCAUUUAGUGUUUUCAUGGUUUAUGUGAUAAAAUAAGACUUUUCAGUUGAAUAUAUUGUUGAAGGAACAUACUAUUUAAUUUUUAUUAGUUUUUCACCAGGUUUUUAAGAUCUAGGACUGCUUCAGAAUGGGCAUGUGCUUUGUUCCAGACUGUGAACAUUAUAGUUCAAAGCAUCCAUGUAAGCUUUUUCGGUUUCCAAAAUACAAGACCGAGAGAAAUAGAUGGAUUUCGCUCAUAAGAUCAAAGAAUUAUAACAUUCACUCUUCAAAGAUUUAUGUUUUAAAUUUUUUUAUUUGCAGAAGAAAAUAUAGAAAUCCAAGUGAAUUUGUAAAAGUGUGCGAUUGUCACUUUUUAAAUAAAGAAAAAAGAAUGGGCCAACUUUAUUUAAUUUCAAUAUUCAGAAGAAGUUUAAUAUAAAAUCACCAGAAAAAAGAUAUGCAUUUUGUUGCAGAAAGUCCAUUAGUCUAAUAAACCACUUUUUUUAGAAAGCGAACUGUAAAAAACCUACUACCAAGUCCUUCAAGUGAGACACUACUAGGACCUUCAACUAAACUACUGCCAGGGUCUUCAAAACGAGAUCAUGAAGUGACUCAGAUUAAACUUGAUGCUUCACUCCUGAGUCCAUCAUCUUCAUUUCAAGAUACUGAAAAUUACUUUUUGAGGCAGCAGGUGGUUGAUUGAUGAUGAUCACAAAUUUCAAUUAUCUUUCAACUGGGUGUGGCCCUCACAAACUUGCAAUAUCCCCCAAUUAAAGAAGUUGAGGAGUAUUAUUUGUAGGAUCUAUACUGUAGGUUAUGCUGUUUAAUGUGAACUGAAUUGAUUAACCGUACGGAUUUGAACCAAAAAAAGUGUUGUAUCACUGGUAGCAACUAAGAUGACAGUAGUGAACGAAUGGGUAUCGGGGACAAAGUUUGGCGGAUGGGUGCAAAGAUGCCGGGAGUCGCGCCGCCUCGUUCUGGUCAUUGUUGCUAUUGCACUCCUUUUGGACAACAUGCUGCUCACCACUGUCGUUCCCAUUAUACCCGAGUUCUUGUACGACAUCAACCACCCUGAAGCACCACUUGGACCAGUGAGAGCAACUUUACCAACGACAACUAUAACUUAUCCUCCUUGUCCCUGCGAGAUAUAUAAUCAAAAUGGAAGCCAUUCAUCGACUACAGUAUCAAAUAUUGAAAAUUAUAACUUCUCCACAUUAAGCCCAGAAGAAGAGGAGAAACGGUUAAGACAUAAAGAUUUAGUCCAAGAAACUGUUCAAGUGGGAAUAAUGUUUGCCUCGAAGGCAUUCGUGCAGUUAUUGGCUAACCCUUUCGUUGGACCUCUAACUCACAGAAUUGGCUACAGUAUUCCCAUGUUCGCAGGCUUUGUUAUAAUGUUUUUGUCAACUAUAAUAUUCGCAUUUGGUAGAAGCUAUAGUGUCCUAUUUAUAGCUAGAGCUCUACAGGGUAUCGGCUCUUCUUGCUCAAGCGUAUCUGGUAUGGGAAUGUUAGCAGAGAGAUAUCCGGACGAUAAAGAACGAGGUAAUGCCAUGGGAAUCGCAUUGGGCGGACUUGCACUCGGAGUGUUAAUUGGACCGCCCUUUGGAGGUGUCAUGUAUGAGUUUGUUGGAAAAUCUGCUCCAUUUCUCAUCCUUUCAGCAUUAGCAUUAGGAGAUGGCUUACUUCAACUUUUGAUGCUACAACCUUCUGUAAUAAGACAAGAAUCUGACCCACCAUCAUUGAAAUCGUUAAUAUCGGAUCCAUAUAUCCUAAUUGCUGCAGGUGCUAUAACUUUUGCUAACAUGGGUAUAGCAAUGUUAGAACCUUCCCUACCCAUCUGGAUGAUGGACACCAUGGGUGCAGGGAGAUGGAAACAAGGAGUGACAUUUUUACCUGCAAGUAUUUCAUAUUUGAUAGGCACAAAUUUAUUUGGACCGUUAGGACAUAAAAUGGGUAGAUGGUUAGCAGCUUUAUUGGGCUUAAUCGUUAUUGGUAUAUGUUUGAUGUUGAUACCUUUAGCGAAAAAUAUCAACCAUCUGAUAGUCCCAAAUGCUGGCCUUGGUUUCGCUAUUGGCAUGGUAGAUAGCUCAAUGAUGCCAGAAUUAGGAUACUUGGUAGAUAUCCGACAUACUGCCGUUUAUGGGAGUGUGUAUGCUAUAGGAGAUGUAGCGUUUUGUUUGGGAUUUGCUAUUGGACCUGCAAUGAGUGGUACAUUGGUUAAGAACAUAGGAUUUGAGUGGAUGUUAUUUGGAAUAGCUAUUCUGAAUUUCUUAUAUGCUCCGUUACUUUAUUGUCUGAAGAGUCCUCCUACAAAGGAAGAGAAACGGUCAUUAUUGAUGGAAGAGAAAUCUUCAGUGCGAUAUGUCACAUACCAGAAUGAAGAAGAUGACGAAUAGCUUCAAAAUAAGUUAAAAAAGUAUUUCUAUGAAGAGUAGAUAUGUAUUGUAAAAAAAAUAUAACUAUAGAAAAAAUAUAUCAUUAGAAUUUGAUUGUACAAAAAUACUCUAGAGGAUAAAAAUAUUUAAUGGAAUAUUUAGAUAAAAUGGGAUGCAAUGUCGUCUCAAAUUUGAAUUUAUAUGUUAUUUUAUCAACAAGAUAGGAGCAACGCACAAGUUUUUCGAAAUUUUUAGCAGUUGCGCAAACGAAAAUGGUAUACUUGAAAAUUUUAAAAUGGUGAUAGACUACACCGUUUCCUUUGCGUAACUAUUUUGCAAGGGUCCCUAUUGUGGAUUAUGUGAAUGGCUGCAUGUAAUCCUUUCCUAAUUAGUGAGGAAAUGGGGCAAUAAGAUACCCUUCACUUUUAGACUAAAGUAUAAAAAUUAUAUACCGAUCAGUUCUCCUAUCGUUAGCCCGAAUAAUGAUUGCCAAAGAAUGUAAGACAAAUGUGUAUUAAUAAUAAGUAGUGUAUCCUUAAGGAAUUUUCCCGAAUUAUUCAAAGAAUGUGGUAUUUAUUUAUCAAGCGCAUGCGAUAACUUCGAUUUUUCAAAUUAAAAUAACCACAAAUUACAUAUAUUUCUCCAAUUCUAAUUUGAAUAGUUUCUAGUCUAUAAAAUGUAUUGAAUUAAAAAAGUUUAAGAAAAAAGUUCCGAGUUAGCCUUCAAAAAAAUUCAAAGUUAUCAUAUUGUCUCUAUGAAGUUUGUGACGACUAUCAACUUAUUUUUUUCUUUAAUUUCUUCAAAUUUUCCGUUCGUUAUCAGUUAUGCCAACAUCUAAGCGUAUAAAACCCCAUUUUGUAGUAUUUUUGAGAUGUAUAUAACUACAAGGAUAAAUUCACUUAACAAAAUUCAUACAUAGAUCUCAAAAUUCUAUUUGAGAAUAUUUGUCUAGGAGGAUUAAUUCUUUCACUCUAUUAAUACUGUUCCCAACUUCUCAGGAUUAUGGAUAUUCUUCUAAAAUCACAUAAGGUUACAAAACCUUUGAUUACGAAUCCAGUUUACAUUCAAGAGUCAUUCGCCAAUAUCAUAACGUGUCAAAUGUUUUUCUGAUUUUAGGUUUACUAAUUUCGCUCCUCUCUUACUUCCCCACAAGAAAAAUCUCAUCAGAAUUUUAUUGAGGAAGUCAUCUAAAUAUACACUGUGAUAUCUAAGAUGUAUUGAGAAAAUCCAGCCCCGAAAUUCACCUUCAAUAGCUUGUUUUUUAUCUCGUUUGUAGCGGUUCAUAAAAAGUAUGGAUGAACCAAUAAAAAUGGGUUCGAUUUUGUUAAACUACUUCUGCUCUACCACUUUUUUAGGUGAAAUUUCAGCAGUAGUCAACUCAACUAAUCUGGAAACCCAGAAGAUCAAAUCAAUGGGUUGUUUUCUCAAACACUGAUCUCUAUAACUAUUAUUUUCAUUUGUUCACCGACCAAUAGAAAAAACUAGACGUUUAUUUCCAAAAACGAGAUUCAACUCAUACGUAAAAUGAUAACUAUACUGUUUUGUUGUCAAAUAAAGAAAAAUUUAGUGUCAAGGUGUUCAUCGUUCAGCUUAAUGGGUCGUUUUCUAAGACACUGAUGACUAGUGAUCUCAAUAACUGGACUUCCUACUAAUCCCCAUCACUAGAAGUUCCUUCCCAAAAAAGAGAUUCAACUCAUACGUAAAAUUAUAACUAAACCGCGGAGCAAAGAAUAUGAUUCUAUUUCCAAAAUAUUAUUUUCUUAUAAACGUUUGUUGUCAAAAAAAAAUUAAUAUCAGGGUGUUUAUGGUGUAGCUCGUCCAAAACGACUCAACAAAUUUUUAUGAUUUUUUUUUGUAUCUUUGGCAGGUACAGAUUAAGUUAUAUAUUAUAAUUUUUCCAUUUUUUCUUCGCGAUUUAAAUAUUUUUGUGUGAAAGAUAUCCAAAGAAGCAUACAUGACUGAUGCUUUUGUGGGAGUGUGUGUGUGACAAACGAAACUGACAAACAUUGUAAUAUGCAUACAUUUCAGAAUGUGUCCAAAAUAUUUCAACUCUUGCGCACCAGGAAAAACACCACGACACGGAGAAUAAGAGGGAAUAUGAUUCACAAAUCCACUCGUUAAUAGCCCUCAACUUAUUCUAGCUUCAAAAUUCUAAACUAUAGAAAAAUUUAUUCACGUUUCUCUUAUAAUUUUAAAAUCAAAAUGAUUCAUUCAUUUGGGCAACGUUUUCACUUAAAAAUCGAAGGUUAGUGCUACAGAUAACUUAAAUUGAAAGGUGUAUAUUCAGAAUAAUUCUGAAAAAUAUCUUAAUUUAGUAUAACCAAAAAAAUGAGAAGUAAACAUGAUAUCGGUAGAGAAAAUAAACAAUCAUUCUAUGAGAAUUGCUGAGCCAAUCAAAAAUCUAUAUUGGGCUAAUUUCCAGUACACAGUAAGGGGACCUAAAAAUUGUAUGUCGCUUGUAACCUUAUAACCACUCGGCUAUUUGUGUUUGAUUGUAUGAAACGAUUUAAAAAUCUAUUGUAAACUUCAGAGAAAGAUUAUUGCUAAUAGACAAUAAUCUCUGACCAACCUAUAUAACAAAAGAAUUUUUGUUUAGAAGCUGGUGAGGGUCCGAACAAAAGGCGAGACUGCCUUUUUAUCACUACUUUGUUCUAAACCGCAAAACCAGAAUUUAAUGGUGCCUGGUUUAGAUCGCAUAGCUCGCUGUUGCAUGUUAGAUAGUUUAUUAGACAAAUACGUAUUGAAAUGUUAUAAGUGUUUGAUGUUUAUAAACAAUAUGUGGUGCAAUAAUAAAAAAAGUAAUUUUUAAAACCAUAUAAAA